AUGGAUCCCACUGGGAAAAAACCUUCAAUUCUUUCGUCGAUUAGAACUAAACGACUCAUAAGCGCCUUAAUACCUUUGUCUUUUACUUCAUCAACAGCAACGGCAACUAAUGCUGAUAUCUCUUCAUCUACUGCUCCAACUGUCCGUCUUCGUCUUGGUGGUAAACACAAAACUCCGUUGCCAUCAAUUCAAUCGUCUACUUCAACUACGUCUUGUUUCUCAUCAUCGACGACAAUGAUUGAUGACGAAGUUAUUGAUUUAGAAAACUUUCUUGUUUCUCGGCUCGACACGGACUCACAGAAAAGUACAGUAUCUUUUUUUCCUGCUCUUUGA